AUGAAUGGCUUUGAGCGUCUGCCCCAACGUGGGGUGGCGGGGGCACAGCAGCAGCAGCAGCAGCAGCCGAACCCUUUGCUGCAGCAGCUGCAGGCAGAUAUCCCUUCUCAGAGUAGCAGCAGCAGCAGCAGCAGCAACGACAGCAGCAGCAACAGCAGCAGGUUGCGGGAGUUUGCUGCAGGUUCUGUUAUGAAAGAGUUGGCUGCUUACAUGAGGGAGAAAUGCUUGAUUCAGCCGCAGCAGCUGCAGCAAAACGCAACAGCAGCAGCAGCAACAGCAGCAGCAGCAACAGCAGCAGCAGCAACAGCAGCAGCAGCAACAGCAGCAGCAGCAACAGCAGCAGCGGCAGCGCCCCCAACUGCCACCGCAGCAGCCUGCAGCAGCAGCAGCAACAGCGGCAGUAGCAGCAGCAGCAGCAGCAGGGAAGCUGUGAGGCGAGAUCGUCCGCGUUUGAGGGUGUCGCUACAGCCGGAUAUUGAAGACAGCAGCAGCAGCAGCAACAGCAGCAGCAGCAGCAGCAGGAGGCUGAGAAUGGGUGCGUCUUCAUCAUUAAAAAAAGACAACAGCAAUGCACCCAGCAGCAGCAGCACCUGCAAUAAAGCAGCAGCAGCAACAGCAGCAGCAGCAGCAGCAGCAGCAGGAGCAGAAGAAGAAGAGUCCGAUGAAGAAGAACGUGCUGCUUCUUUAUUUGCUGCUGAAGCAGAGUUGCUUGAGCUGCUGCAGGACGACAGCAGCGACACGCGAGAUGCGAAGGAUGAGUACACGCGAGACCUCUACAGAGCUGUCACCGCCUACAGAGUAAUCACAAGACCCAUUCAGCAGCAGCAACAGCAGCAGCAGCAGCAAGUACAGAUGCAGCAGCAAAUGCAGCAGCAAAUGCAACAGGAGCAGCAGCAGCAGCAGCAGCAGCAAGGAAAUGUUUCUGAACUGGGUUUAAUCCGUCACAUCGCCGAUCGCCUUGCUGCUGACCCCAAUACCGAGCAGCAGCAGCAGCAGCAACAGCAGCAGCAGCAACAGCAACAGCAGCAGCAGCAGCAGCAGCAGCAGCAGCAGCAGGAUGGAGAGGAGCCUUGCUUUGCGAGUGAAGUUUUGUGCGAGUGCUGCGGGGCCUUCCUUGGCUGGCGUGAUGAAGAGGAGGUAUAUCAUUUUACUCAAGUUAUACCGGCAGAAGCAUAA